CCGACGCCGUCAAGUAAACCAUGGCUUCACACUUUGAAGACGACGCUCAUAGAACAGAAAUAUUCGAUUCAUUACCUUACUACGACAAUGAUCUCGAGCAGAAUCCAAUCUUGAAGGAAAAGGUCGAGCGCGAGCUAGCACGCGAACCAAAACCGCCGCAGACUCUACAUCCUCGCGUUCCCCCUCUGUUAGAGCUCUUUAAGGACCAACCUGGGCUUGCUGCUGAGCUUGCGCGCGUCGAGGCCCAUCAGCCUUUAGCACCUUUAGACACCGUUAGAUAUCAGCUUCCAGCACCAACGUCCACCCCAGGCACCGAUGAGGAGUGGCAGAAUGCGUUGAAGAAUGCUCAAUCUCAACUAGAGCACCAGCGUAUUCGGCACACGAAUCUUGCUUUGCUGCAGACAUAUGGACCCAAUGCUUGGCGAAUUCAAAAUUACCUGUUAGAAGCGACAGCCAAGCAGGCAGAAACGGCGCUGGAGGAAUUGAAGCAGCGCACGACAGACGUCAACCGAGAACGCAAGAACUCUCAGACGCGAAUUGGAAACCAGUUGACAUCGUUGGAGAACAAAUGGACAGAGUUGAUAUCGAGUAUCCUUCAAAUUGAGAUGGCAAAUGUAGCUCUUGAUGCAGAAGUUGACCGACUGAAUAAAAAGGAGGCUGAGCUUGCUAGCAUGUAGCAGCAGCAUGUAGCUUAUUAGAGUACUUAACCGAAUUAGGCUAACCGCCGCUCAACGUUGCA